AAACAAAGCAACUACACCUCUUUGUGUGGACCAGCAGCGCACUGAGGCCAGACUUGACAAGUUCGAUCAUGGUUUCAACUUGGUAAUCUUUCGGCAGGCCUCAGAGUGUUGUAUUCGUACCGGUCAAUACAAGGAUGUUGUCUCAGAUGCCACUCCGCCUUGGCGUUCCAGAAGUAUUAAACUUUCAAAAUUUCGAAGAACAGCCAAGACACAAAUUGCAACAAACAUCAGUUUUUUCGACACUGGAUCUGGAAUGGAACUGCAGAACAUGGGUCUUGGACUGGGAGCGCAGAGUGUUACGGGGUAGAGCGGUCCCUCCGCGAAAAUACAGGUCAGUGUGCUGUUUCUCGCUGAGCCAUUACCACGAUGUCAGGGAGUGUUUGGCACGUUACCAUGACAACUGUAAAGAACAAGUGGGACAAGACAGGUUUGUGUGGACGUCUUAUGUGAGUGCUUUAGUCCAAAAACAUAGGAAGCUGCAGCCCUGGAUAAAUAUGAAGCCCAAUGGCUGCACUCUGAACAGAUGUCUGUAUCCUUUACUACGCCUGGGAUUCUACUUGAAAGUUACGGAUGAUGACCUUGUCUCCGUGAUUGUGGCUGAAAUUAUCAAGUGCACUGGCAGUCUGGAGUUUAUGUUCAACUUUUAUCCAGGAAUGAGUUUAACACUGUAUACUUUGUUGUUGUGGAGCAAUUCAAGCUCUCUUUUUGAUUCCUUAAUGACGAAAGAGUACUUCUCAAUGAUAUUCGCAGAGGGCAGAACACGUGAAGUUUUGCCGAAGGAUCUUUACAAGUGUUCUGCCCCUUAUCUUAAGUAUCUGAUAACUCGUCUGAGACCUCUCCAUGCUAAAGGGGAUCAUGCUCAUCCAGAUUCCUUCAACCUCAAAACUUUGUUAGAAAGGCCUUUUGAUAACACGUGUACUAGUUCUGCUUAUAGAAGCUAUCCUCUACUUACCCUGGGAAUAAUGUUCCACGAUGCUGAACUGGUUCACCUCCUAGUGCACAGAGGUGCUUCCCUGCAGGCCUCCUAUUUUGAUUAUGAUUCAGACUGCUUGUCAACCGCGGAGGAGAAGAUGGUCACCAUGAUUAACACCCUGUUGAUAUCUGAGCAGUUCCUAAGUAAAUGUGGUAAUGAUAUCUCGGAACACAUAGACAGUUUUGUGUUCCAAAUCAGCACCUAUCUACCAUUACUGAAAAGAUCAAUGUUGCGACCUAAUGUCUCCAAAGCCUGCGGUGUUUGGCGUGGAGGAAGAGAACCCACCGAAUUGAACCGCCAUGUGGCUGAGGAGUGGGGUAUAGGCCACACUCCUCCUUUUCCAUCCUUGCUGAGCAUUUGCAAGUUUGUAAUUAGAGAGCAGAUCUUACAAGCUGACAAUACCCUCUUGCCUUCUGCCAUAGCAAUGCUCCCCAUUCCAGAAAUGCUUAAAGCUUAUGUAGGUCUUCAUUUGGACUAAAAAAUGAGGGGGGGGGGGGGG